AUGCCGUUGGAUUACGUCGGGAAGCUGCACCGGACGGUGUACUUCUGCCACUGCGCGGAGGAGGACCGCGAGGAUUUACUGCGGCUCCUCCUCCAGCGCUGCGGCGCGAUCGAGGCGUGGGAUGUGAUCGACCAGGACCGCCUCGCCGUGAUCUUCGCCAAGGUUGACAGCGUGAGCAACGCGCUUUCGUUUCACGGGCUUUCGUUUGUGAAUAUGGAGACGAGGCUGGUGGUGUGGAAGGCGACGGAGGCGCCGCCGCCGGAGGCAUCCACGCAGCUCGCGAUUGCCGCUCCCUCGACCGGAGGGGGAGGAGGGGGGGAGCUGAUCGCGGGCGACGACGCCGUCGAAGCGCGAAGGGCCCGCCGCGAGGCUCGCCAGCAGCGUUUAGACGCGAUUAAAACGACGCUGCACGCGGAGGUGGCGCGGAGCGAUUACAGCAACCCCGCGAUUCGCGCCGCGAAGCUGCGGGAGCUGAGUUUUCGUCAGCUCCGGGCGCUCUGCGUGCUCACGAAGCGGGCGAUCCACCACGCCGAGGAGGAGUUGGCGUCGAAGAAAAGCAAUUUGGCGAUGAUUCACUCUCUCCUAGCGUCGCUCCCCGAUACCGGAGUGAAGGGGGGGGGAUGA